GCCAAGCAGGACGGGAGGAAAAUGCUGCGGGUCUCCAGCGCCGGGACCGGCUGAGCGGCUCAGACUGAUCGAUUGAUCUCAGACUGAAGACUGCUGAUAAACGCCACGUGCAUCGAGCAGCUUGCGACCGAGCGGACAUCUGAGUUCUCCGUGGUGUGCCAGCCCUCUGUGGUCUCUCCAUGCCUCCUUCUCCUCUAGACGACAGAAUUGUGGUGGCGCUGCCAAGGCCUAUACGACCUCAGGAACUCCGACUCCGCCUGGACACCAGCUACCUGGAAGCCACCGUGGGCACCGUCGGUCAGUCGACGGUCAUCAGCAGCACCACCGUGGUGAAGAUCCAGGCGACCAAGCUUUCGUAUAUGCCCUCGUCCAGCGGCUCCACGCGCUCACUGACGUGUGGAUGCAGCAGUGCCAGCUGUUGCACGGUGAGCACCUACGAGAAGGACGGCCAGGUCAGCGCCAGCAGUCCUAACCUGAACUCCGGAGUGGGCUAUGGCGUCCCCACGGAGGCCUACAGUGCUCCCAGUCUCACCUCCGGCCUGAGCAGGGGCAGCAUGCGGGUCAUCCACCCCAACGAACUGGCCAAGAAGCUGACGCAUUGCCCGCUGGGCCACCCAGUGGGGCCGGUGCCUGUCAUCAUCGACUGCCGGCCCUUCAUGGAGUUUAACAAGAGCCACAUCCGAGGAGCCGUGCACAUCAACUGCUCAGACAAGAUCAGCCGCCGACGGCUCCAGCAGGGCAAGAUCACCGUCCUGGACCUCAUCUCCUGCCGGCAGAGCAAGGACUCCUUCAAGGGGAUUUUUUCCAAAGAGCUGGUGGUUUACGACGAAAGCACGGUGGACCCAAGCCGGCUGACGCCGUCUCAGCCUCUGCAAGUGGUUCUGGAGUCGCUGCGGAGGGAAGGAAAGGACCCCAUCGUUCUGAAAGGAGGCAUCGCUGGUUUCCGACAGAGCCACGAUGAUCUGUGCGAGCACUCUCUUCACCUGGAGGAAGGACAGGACAGCAGUACAGCGGUGGGCCUGUCGGGGGCGCUACCUCAUUCCCUGCCCUCCACACCGGACAUCGAGAACGCAGAGCUGACGGCCAUCCUCCCCUUCCUGUUCCUGGGCAACGAACGGGACGCUCAGGACCUGCAGCUCAUGCAGCGCAUGGACAUCGGCUUCAUCCUGAACGUCACCACGCACCUGCCGCUCUACCACUACGAGCUCGGCCUGUUCAAGUACAAGCGCUUACCCGCCAGCGACAGCAACAAGCAGAACCUGCGGCAGUACUUCGAGGAGGCCUUCGAGUUCAUCGAAGAGGCGCACCAGGCCAGUCGGGGGCUCCUCAUUCACUGCCAGGCCGGCGUGUCGCGCUCCGCCACCAUCGUCAUCGCCUACCUGAUGAAACACACCUGUUUCUGCUUCUGGUUUGUGUUGUGGGAAUUGAAGCAUGUGGCUUUAAUGGCACCCUUGUGGGCGUCUGAUUCAGGGUCAGCUGUCCCAUCUGUCACAGCCGUCCUGUUGGGAAAGAGCUCUGGAGAUACUUUCACUCAGAAGUGGCUCUAUAUGAAACCUCGGUGGGCGUCUCUGGAGACAACAGCUGCAGACUUUAACAAGCAGACCAGAGCCGACGGGAUCCCAUCAGUACUGUCAACUCGACUACAGGCGCCGGCCAUCCGCACCAUGCAGCUCAAUUUUUCUUCUUACAUCUUAAAAAUCAAUGGCCAAAAAGCUGGGAAAGUUUACCAGCUACAUCCUGAUGUGGUUAACCCCGAUUCAAUCCAGCCACAACGCAACACUACGACCGCUCUUACCGGUCACAGAUCGCCAUUGGACAUUCCCAAAUAUAAUUCCGAUAGACAAGAUGAUCGGAUCUCUGAGGAUGGACUUAUUUUUCGAGGGAUGGAGUGGAAGAGAAAGAUCUCCACCUGGGUCAGAGUACAGCAAACCAGCGAACCCUCAGAAGUGAGCAUUUAUACAAGAGUUCAGGAGUCUGCGCGACGUCUUUCUCAUGUGGGAUUGAAGCCUUGGACUGCGGUGAAGGGGUUAUUUGAGCAGAAACACCCGCCUACUGCAAUGCUCCAUGCCCAAGCUCAAGCUCCAUGCCAUGCCGACCCCGCCCUGGCCUCCUGCCCUGCCGGCCCCGCCCUGGCACCCUGGUUUACCUCUAUCUCCAGGCCCUCUUCCACUACACGGGCCUGGCCCACCAUCCCUCCCCCUGAUCCACCUCCGUUCCGCCUCCCUCCGGGAUUUCUUUUGGUGGAGCGUCUGGAAUCCGCUCUUUAG